AUGAAGCCGCGGUGUCAGUGGAUCACGAUUUUAACCGGUGCUGGCGUCUCUGCAGAGUCCGGACUAUCGACGUUUCGGGAUAAAGACGGUCUAUGGGAAAAUCAUCGUGUCGAGGAGGUUGCGUGCCCCUAUGCCUUUAUGCGUAAUCCGCAGCUUGUGCAACGAUUCUAUAACGAACGACGGAGGGCUCUUCUCUCACCCGCUGUGACACCUAAUCCAGCACACAUGGCUAUUGCCAUGCUUCAACGGGAGUAUCGUGGAGGGCGUGUGGUGGUAGUUACGCAGAACGUUGAUAAUCUUCAUGAGCGUGCAGGAUCUACGUCGGUGCUGCAUAUGCACGGGGAAUUGCUUAAGGUGAGUUGCAUAGCUACUGGGGAGGUGUUUGAUUGGACCCAGGAUGUGGUGCAUGGAACGACCCGAUGCAAGUGCUGCAAUGCAGUGGAAACGUUGCGACCGCAUAUUGUGUGGUUUGGUGAAACACCGUUCCACUUGGAUGAAAUAAACACCGUGAUGAAACAUACUGACCUCUUUGUCGCUAUUGGGACAUCUGGUAACGUGUACCCCGCUGCAGGCUUGGUGAUGCACUCAAAAGAGAACGGGGCAAAAACGCUUGAGUUGAAUUUGGCUCCGGGAGAGAACUUCAGUGACUUCGAUGAAUCGAUAUAUGGUAAGGCCUCCGAGAUUGUCCCGGCGUGGGUGGAUAGGCUGCUUCAGACAGGUGCGUAG